UAGCUGGGUUGUGUUUUAGUGUCCGACCCUAAUGAAAAGCUCUCUCUCCCUCUCUGGUGCAGCCGUGGCCCCGACCCUGCCCAGCCUGCGCUCCGAGGUGUUCAAGCCGUGCGUGGAGGACAAGGACCUGGCCUUCUGUCUGAACGACGGGGAAUGCUCCAUCAUCGAGACCAGAGCAGGAGUGCAUCGACACUGCAGGUGUAAAGAGGGCUACCACGGACUUCGCUGUGACCAGUUUGUGCCCAAGACGGACGCCAUCUUGUCGGAUCCAACGGAUGAACUUGGGAUCGAGUUCAUGGAGAGCGCUGAGACGUACCAGAGACAGAUGCUCUCCAUCCUCAGCAUCUCGCUGGGUAUCUGCCUGCUGGGUGUGGCCUGCAUGGCUCUGUACCGCCGCAACAAGGGCCACAGAGAGAAGCUCCGGUCCCAGUUCUCUGAGAGUCGCAGCCUGAGGGACUGUAGCUUCGCUCCUCCCAGCGUGAUGCCCAAAUCAAGUCCAAGGCUUCAGUACGGCCCCCAGCAGCAAAAGUGGUCACAUCCUCGCACGUCCGUGGUGAAGGUUGGCGGUGGCGUGGUGCCCGUCUUGCCACCGCCCCUGGCUUCCCCCGCCCUCACCAGAGCCCUGGCAAAGGUCAAACGCUUCAGGAGCAGCUCACUGUCAAUCAGUCCCGCCCAGGAGUGCAGGGGCGGGAAUAACUGCCAGAUCCCGCCCACCUCCAGAGGGAAACGCAGCCUACUGGAUGGAGCCAGGGUGAGUGGGCGGGCCUACAGCCAUCUCGAUGAGGCAGAGGUUAUGAGGUCAGAGUUCAUGGAUCAGGAGGCGGAGUCUUUACGGAGGUGUGGCUCCGCCGGGGGGGGGGCAGGCGGUCCGCUCGGCCGCCCCUCGCUCUCUCCCUUCAGCUCCAGGCGGGGCUGGACCGAGGUCCCGUGCACGCGCCUCGAAACGGGGGCCGCCGUCCGGCCCGCCUCCCUCCGCACGCGCUCAGUGCCCAUCAUCCCCUCCCUUCAGGCCCCUCCCCCGGGGGGAGAGGAGGGGGGCGAGGCGCUCCCGGAUGGCGGCCAGCCCACCGUAGUGGCGGUGGCGGCGGCGGCGGCGGCCCACAGGAUACCGGCGACUGCGGUCUCCGUGGCGACGCCGGGGUCCGCGAGGAGCGCGCUGUCGUCGCCGGCGGGGUCGAAACACAAAGCGCUGCCCAGCGCCCCGGCGGCGGCGCCCUGGUCGCAGGGCCGGAUGGACGACGCGGGCGGAGCCACGCGGUGCGGACGCCCCAGACCGCAGCGUCCGGGCCGCGCCCCCACGGCUCUGGGGCCGGCGCGCCCGCGGGGGGAGGAGGGACACGCCGGUGGGGGCAGAGCGUCCCGGGAACAGGGAGGUACGGGCCCCGGGUCGGUCACCACAGGGGCCUGGAGGGAGGGGCCUCACGCCAGCUGAUUGCAUUGUUGUCGUCACGGCGAUGCGUACAGACGUUGGCGCCGAUAAACGUGGACACUUCACCGUGCUGCCGAGGUCGGUGGGAAGGGAGGGCCGGGGGGGGGGGCGGGCGGGGAGGGGAGGAACCUGAAUCUGCUUGACAAUACGGACCAAUCACAGACGGCGACGGAACUCGUGGCCGUUGGACAUUGAACGAUGGUUAUUGAUACAGAUAGAGACGGUGGACCCUAUGAACACGAGAGACAUGCACAAGCACACUGUUGUGAAUAAAUGUGAUGUGAUGACGAGGACCUGAGGAGCGGGAAGACCUUUCGUGUGGGAGCUUGAUUUAAAUAAAAAGAAAAAAAAGAGUAUUGAAAAAUGAAUUAAUGCCACUAUUUAAACAGAGCUUCUACUUAGAAACCAAAAUAGUGUGUAAUCUCUAUGUUGUUUCUCUAUUGUAAGGAAAUGAAAUUAUAUAUGUCAUAUAAUAUAUGUCCUAUAGACAUAUAUCUAUAUUUGACAUACAAUUGUGAGAAAAUAAAGACUAAGAUAACAGUGUUAA